AUUCUUGCUGUUAUGUCUGAAGUUUUAUCAGCGAUUUUCGCUGAAGUGAUGAACGGAAAGCCCGAAUUCACUGACUAUUUGACACACAAGUUGAAGCAUCACCCUGGUCAGAUUGAGGCUGCUGCUAUUAUGGAACACAUUUUGGAUGGCAGCUCUUAUGUCAAGGCAGCUCAGAAGCUCCAUGAAAUGGAUCCUCUUCAAAAACCAAAGCAAGAUCGCUAUGCUCUCCGAACAUCUCCACAAUGGCUUGGCCCUCAGAUUGAAGUCAUUCGUGCUGCAACAAAGAUGAUCGAGAGGGAGAUCAACUCAGUCAACGACAAUCCAUUGAUCGAUGUUUCAAGAAACAAGGCCAUACAUGGUGGCAACUUCCAAGGUACCCCUAUUGGUGUCUCCAUGGAUAAUACAAGAUUGGCCCUUGCAUCAAUUGGGAAAUUGAUGUUUGCCCAAUUCUCGGAGCUUGUCAACGACUAUUACAACAAUGGGUUGCCAUCUAAUCUCACAGCAGGAAGGAAUCCAAGCUUGGACUAUGGUUUCAAGGGAGCUGAAAUCGCGAUGGCUUCUUACUGCUCGGAACUUCAAUUCUUGGCAAAUCCAGUGACUAACCAUGUUCAGAGUGCCGAGCAACACAACCAAGAUGUGAACUCCUUAGGCUUAAUCUCAGCAAGGAAAACAGCUGAGGCUGUCGACAUCUUAAAGCUAAUGUCAUCAACCUAUCUCGUGGCGCUUUGCCAGGCUAUCGAUUUGAGGCAUUUGGAGGAGAACUUGAAGAGUGUUGUCAAGAACACAGUUAGCCAAGUAGCUAAGAGAACUUUGACAAUAGGUGCUAUUGGUGAACUUCAUCCAGCAAGAUUCUGCGAGAAGGAAUUGCUUCGAGUCGUAGACAGGGAAUACUUGUUUACCUAUGCUGAUGACCCCUGCAGCUCCACCUAUCCUUUGAUGCAGAAGCUGAGACAGGUCCUUGUUGAUCAUGCAAUGAAGAAUGGUGAAAGUGAGAAGAAUAUCAACAGCUCAAUCUUCCAAAAGAUUGGAGCUUUCGAGGACGAAUUAAAUGCUGUGUUGCCUAAAGAAGUUGAGAGUGCAAGAGCUCUUCUUGAAAGUGGCAACCCUUCGAUUCCUAACAGGAUCACAGAAUGCAGAUCAUAUCCAUUGUACAGGUUGGUGAGACAAGAACUUGGAACAGAACUGUUGACAGGUGAAAAAGUUCGAUCGCCGGGCGAGGAGAUUGAAAAGGUGUUCACAGCAAUGUGCAAUGGACAGAUCAUUGAUCCAUUGUUGGAGUGUCUCAAGAGCUGGAAUGGUGCUCCUCUUCCAAUCUGCUAGAUGUUUGUCAAGUGUUAAUUUUUCAAAUUCUUUUUUUACCUUUUGGUGAAUUAUUAGAAUCAUAAUAUAAUUUUAUUGUCUUUUGGACUGUAUGUAAUAUAGACAUGUUGAAAUGAAGGAAAAAUUAAAAUGUAGCAACAAUUCUGGAAGGAUGUAUUGACUAUCCUUAAAAGGAUAUAUUGACUAAUCAUGAAUCAAUUAAACAUUUUGAUUUUGAGCCGGCUA